AUGGCUGCGCCAAACGAUCAAGCAGUGUCUGCGGAGCUUCAGCAGUUCAUCGCACGGGAGUCUCAAGUAGCUCAGAUCCAAAGCAUGAUCGCGACACUCACGGAGGUCUGCUGGGACACGUGCAUUCAGUCGCCAGGAAGCUAUCUGUCAAGUAAGGAGCAGACCUGCUUGGAGAACUGUGCACGCCGUUUCGUUGAGACAACACAAUAUAUCCUGCAAAGGGCUGCCCAUAAGGCAGAUUCAAGUUCAACUUUUUAA